AUGGGAACAUUGCACAUCGACGCCAACUUCCUACUUGCGGGGGGCCACGAGAACGCUGGCUCGGCGAGCAACCCAAAUCCAACCCACAAGCGGAUUGAAAUGAUCGUCUACGGUGUCCUUAUUGAGCAUGCCACGGCCGGUCUGAUUCUGUUUGAAACAGGCUGUCACGAUGAUAUGGAGAAACACUGGGGCCCGAUGUACGAUGUGUCUCCACGCAAACAAUAUACCUCCAAAAACCGGCUGGAUGAGCAGAUCGCGAUGACCGGUCAUUCCAUCAAGGAUAUUAGAGCUGUUAUCAUCGGUCAUCUUCAUGCCGACCAUUCUGGUGGCUUGAUGCACUUCCUCGGCACCGAUGUUCCUAUCUAUGUGCAUGACUUGGAACUCAAUAAUGCCUUGCGGUGCCUUUUCACAAAGGCUGAUGCUGGUCCAUAUAUGCCCUCAUACCUUGACCACCGCUUGAAUUGGAAAACAUUCAACGACUCGGCUACCCAGCUAUUUCCAGGACUGACGAUGCAUCAUUGCCCAGGCCACACCGCCGGCCUGUGCUGUCUACAAGUAGACCUUGAGAAUGACGGGUGCUUUGUCUUUACUGGUGACCAGUUCCAUGUGAAGGAGAACUACACUAAGAGGAUUCCUCAAGUUAACUCCAUGAAAGGUCUUCUGGGACGGGACCGGAAUGCUUGGUUCCAGUCAACUCUGUACAUCGAAAGAUUGGAAGUAGUACUGGGCGCUAAGAUUGUCUUCGGCCAUGAUUAUGAAGUGUUCAAGUCGCUUAAGCAAGCUCCUGAAUACUACCAUUAG